AUGGCGAAAGAAGAAUACCUCAGCAAAAUGGACAGCAUACUCUCCGACACCUCCAAAUUCAAGAAAAUACGCCGCAAUCCUACAGACGACAUAAAGAAGAAAAUCAACGCCACCUGCAGAGCCAUCAACAUCGCUACAAAGAGCACACGCUUUCCGAAGCUGACCGGGGAGUUUUCUCCCGGGUACGCCUACGGCAACGUAAAAACACACAAGACAGGAAACCCACUCCGCCCCAUCAUCUCCCAGAUCCCGACAGCCACCUACACCGUCGCCAAGAAACUCAACGAGAUCCUCGCCCCGUACACCCCGAUGAGCCACGCCCUAACGUCCACCAAUGACUUCCUGGAGAUCCUAAGAACUGCCCCACCUGCCGACAACCACAUCAUCGCUUCUCUCGAUGUCGAGAGUCUGUUCACCAACGUGCCCGUGAACAGGACUAUCCAGAUCAUCAUGGACCGCGUCUACAGAUGUGAAGAGACGGAACCCCUAGACAUACCGGAAGAGGACCUACGCACACUCUUAGAGAUAUGCACCAAAGAAGCUCCCUUCACCUGCCCCCGCGGAGAUAUGUACUGCCAAGUGGAUGGUGUUGCUAUGGGAAGCCCACUUGGUGUGCUCUUCGCCAACUUCUUCAUGGGAACCAUCGAAUCCAUGGCCCUCAAGGACCAACAACCCUCCAUCUACGCCCGAUACGUCGACGACAUAUUUAUCAGAGUGAAAAACAUAGAUGAACUACAGAAACUUAAGCAGCAGCUCAGCAACAUCUCCGGCCUCAACUUUACCUUUGAAGAAUCACAAGAAGGACGCCUGCCAUUUCUCGACGUACUAGUAUCUCCACAAGACUCAGGAUUCAACACCUCAGUGUACAUCAAACCAACAAACACAGGACUUUGCCUCAACGGAAACAGCGAGUGCCCGCAACGCUACAGAAGAUCCACAAUCAAUGCAUACAUACGGCGAGCGAUCUCACACAGCUCAACAUGGAAGAAUUUGCAUAACGAAUUGGAAAGAAUUACACAAGUCCUUGUAAACAACGGCUACCCCAACAGUGAAGUGACCCAAGCCAUCAACUGCGCCCUAGAUAAAUGGUACAACCCUGCAACCACUUCUACAAACCAAAACAACAUCAAUCUCUACUACAGGAACUACAUGUCCAUCGAGUACAAGACAGAUGAAAGAGUGAUCAAAGAUAUCAUCCACAAGAAUGUGAAACCAGCAAACGCAGAGCAAACCAUAUCACUCAUCAUCUACUACAAGACCUCCAAAACAGCCAACCUACUAAUCAAGAACCGCCAAACACCACCACCGGCACCUCUUCAGGAAGACCAUGUCAUCUACGAGCACACCUGCGCUAUUGAGGACUAUUUGUCCCUCCGUGAAAUGACCAUGGACCUCUGUCGGGUGACAGCUAGCCCAUGA